GCCCUUUACACCAAUAGCGGUGCAGUUUGCUGGGCCUUUGCAGUACGUACCAGUAUUCCUUGCGGAUUUUUAAGGAAAUUGGUCAGCCAAGUGUGUGCGAUAAUCAGGACAACAAUACCUCUUGCUGCUGAAUCAGAAACGAGCAGGAGUGAAUUUUAAAGCUGAAUAAUUGUGGACUUCAGAAAGAAUAAGCUCCAAAGUGGAGCACAAGCCAUUGAUGACCUCCUGUCUCCAUCGUCCUUUGAAGUCGAUGGUGUGGUUGGAGUUCAUCAACGCAUCUGCUAUCCAUUGCAUCCAUUAUACAGGGGAUUGGCCUAUACAACUUCACUAGAACCCUGACAAUACCCCUGUUCCGGUCAACCUUGGCUUAUCUCAGGCUUUGAAGAAUUGAAGUUAAUUCGAGGUCUCCAUGUGUAUCAUCUUCUUCCACUUCAAUCCAAACUCAUCUUCUGCGUACAGGUUAAUCCUGGCAGCAAACAGAGAUGAAUUUUAUUCUAGACCAUCAAAACCAGCAGAGUUCUGGACAAACAACCGCAGCAUCUUAAGCGGACUGGAUAUGGAAAAAGGGAAGGAAGGAGGAACAUGGUUGGGUAUGAGCAAGAAGGGCAAGUGUGCUGCACUGACCAAUUAUCUUCAAUCCUCUAGCAACAUGGAGGGACUUGGCAGAGGCUUUCUGGUGCCAAACUUUCUGACUCAAGAUAUCGAUGGAUUGAGCUACUUGAAGAAAAUUUCAUUGCAGGGACAUCUCUAUAAUGGUUUUAACUUGUUAACUGCAGACUUCAGGAGCGGCCCCAAAAAGCUGAUUUAUACCUGUGCGUCAAAAGUACGCCGUAGGGUGACGUGCACCUCCCCAAAAAGCAGUACCAAGGGAGAUAUGAUGUGUUAUUAUGGGAAUAAAAGUCACGAGGAGCCCAGAGUACUGGAUCCAGGUAUUUAUGGACUUUGCAACAGUCUUCUUGAGACCCCAUGGAAGAAACUUGUUCAUGGGAAAAAGCUUUUCACAGAAACCAUUCAGAAAAACUGUUCACUUUCUCCAAAGAACUUGACGCAAGAACUCCUCAAUGUGAUGACUAAUGAAGAAAUCCAAUUGCCAGCUGCUGAUAUCGAGGAACAGGGUCAGGACUUCAUCCGUCCUAUUUUAAAGGAGUUCUCAGCGUUAUUCAUUCGCACUCCCUUAUACGGCACUCGGACAAGCACCAUCAUCCUUGUCGAUGCUGAAGGGCAUGUAACCUUCACAGAGCGUUGCCUGCUCGAGCCAGGCACCACCCAAUGGAAGCUCAGCUCCUACCAGUUUGAUCUUGAGAUGUGAUGACUUUCCAUCCAGCACACCAUAGAAGAGAAAGGAACUGGAAAUAAAGUUGACUGGAAAUGAAAGCAUAUUUUGGAGAACAUGCAGGUUUCUUGGACUCUGUAAAUAGUUGAUUGAAACAUACCACAUCCUAGCAACUAACUUGAUUUCAAAGAGCCUUUGCUACUCAGUAUUCCGUACAACGUCUGGUGUUUUUUGUGUGAGCAUACAUUUCUGCGAGUAUAUUUCAAUGUGUGUAUGGCUGUGGCUUUGUGUGCACGUGUGUCCCUGGAUGCUUCUGAGAGUGUAAUUGUGUCUGUGUGGCUGGAUGAAUGUGUGAACUAGUGAGUGCAUCUGGAAAACUUUUCCUCUGGCUUGGUUAAUACUACUGUCAUUAUUCAAUGGAAUUGCAUUCUUAGCAAUAUACCAAGUGAUGUUUUGUUCUAUAUGAAUAAGAAUAAUCUAUUGAGUAUUACUAAUGCUCGAGUAUUGAAUAUCUAUUGAGUAUUACUUAUUUGUCUGUCAAAUGCAGAUUAAUCAAAUGUCAACUGAGAAUAUUUGGAAAAUAUGUACAAUUUUCUUCCUCUCCAUGUUUUAGUUAUGAACUUUCCUCCAUAACCUUUUACGCUGUUUUUACAUCUCGUUUGGAGGGAUUCAUAAUGUAUUGAGUACAAACAGAAAAUGUUGGAACAUUUAUCAACACCCUGAAGCAUCAGCUCUGUUUCGUUUCCUACAGAUGCUGCCUGGAUCUGCGAGUGUUUGCAGCAAUUUCUCUUUUUGUCUCGGAUUUUCAGCAUUUGCACACUUAUUGACGCAAGAGAAUCUGCAGAUGCUGGAAACCCAGAGUAACACACACACAAAAUGUUGGAGGAACACAGCAAGUCAGGCAGCAUCAAUGGAAAUGUUUCGGGCCGAGACCCUUCAUCAGGACAUUCUUCUCCAUAGAUGCUGACUGACCUGCUGUGUUCCUCCACCAUUUUGUGUGUAGCGUUUUAAUCGAUUUUCAGUUUCUUUCUCCCUGGAUUUCACAUAACUGCGUAAUGAGUUACCAAGGAAUGUAUAGUGGGAAAAAAUUUGCUCCUCAAUUAUUUGUAUGCCCCCUCUCUUUGCCUUUUGGGAAGGACAUAUCCCAGAGUAAUCACAAUACUCCUACACUCCUUUAUACCAAAGAAUCAACACGGGAGUGCUACCGAUCUCUUAACUAAGCCACAUUAUCAAGGAAUUAUAUUGAUUUUUGUUUUUCUCAGGACUGCUUACCAUAAAAUACCUAUUGAUAUCAAUAUUGCCAGGUGUCAAAAUUAUUCCUUUAUAUAGUGGGAAGAGAAUAAAAAAAUGGAUAGUUUUGCAAAAAUUGUGUUUGCCAUAAAUUGGUAUUAUAUAACAUGCUAUCACCAAAUAUGCUUUUGUUAUACUUAAUCUUUUGUGUCAAUCUCCAGCCAGCAAUGAAGGUAGGUAGCUGUAGCCUUACACUUGAAUCAUUAUCACAGUAUCUGCAACACACUGUAAUGGUUACCGAUGUCUGUGUAGAAAAUGGAAUUAAAUAUGAGAGAUCUCAAA